GGAUGAGCUGAAUGCCGCCCUGACCGCGUCCGAAGGCCUGAACACUAACACGGCCGAUGGAAUGAUCUUGUUCAUCGGUGACGGUAUGAGCGUGGGCACCGUGACUGGAGUCCGUAUCUGGAAGGGACAGAAGGACGGAUUCACCGGGGAAGAGUCGGUGCUGGAGUACGACAAGUUCCCACACUUUGGCUACUCCAAGACGUUCAACACCAACUCGCAGGUGCCUGACUCCGCCGGGACCGCCACGGCGUACCUGACGGGCGUGAAGACCAAGCGCCGAGUCCUGGGCUUGGACGCCGGUAUCAACGUCGGUGACUGCGCGUCGACAUUCGGUCACGAAGUCGACUCCAUCCUAAAAAUGGUUAAGAACAAUGGAAUGCCAGUGGGAAUCGUGACGACGACCCGAAUCACACACGCCUCCCCGGGCGGAUGCUACUCCCACGUUCCAGAGCGGGACUGGGAGGCCGACACGGAACUGCCGCAGGAAGCCGUGGCUAACGGCUGUAAGGAUAUCGCCAGGCAGAUGGUGGAAGAUAACGACAUCGACGUCAUGAUGGGCGGAGGAAGAUACCGAUUUUACAUGGAGUCUCAGACGGAUCCUGAUACAGGCUUGCCCGGUGCGAGAAAGGACAAGGACCUUAUCGCCGAGUGGCAGCAGAAAUACCAGAACCGAGCCAGUGCAGAGUACAUCACCAAGAGGCAACAGUUGCUAGACUUGGAUAUAGAAAACACGGACUAUCUGCUCGGGCUUUUCAGUUUUUCGGAAAUCAACUUUGACAUCGAAAGGACUCCCGACGAACCGACACUGGCCGAGAUGACGGAGGUUGCCAUUAAGAUUCUGCAGAAGAAGAGCAAGAAUAGCGGCGGACGAUACUUUCUCUUUGUUGAAGGUGGUAGAGUCGAUCAUGGGCACCAUUUCACCGAAGCCAAACACGCCAUUACAGACGGAUUGGCUCUGGAGGUAGCCAUAGCAAAGGCCAAGCAACUUACUACAUCCAACACCCUCAUGGUUCUGUCAUCGGAUCACGGUCACACGAUGAGCUUCGCCGGUUACCCGAAAAGGGGCAACCCUAUCUUUGGUAAAAUCUUCGAGGAUGCUUUCAAGUUGCCUUACACCACACUAGGGUACUACACCGGAAGGAACGCAUACACACACCUGAUGCCGACCUUCACACUGAAGAAGCAUCGCACUGAUAUAACCAAUGUCGACACAGAGGCAAAUGAGUACGAGCAGCAGUCCUUCGUGCCUUCUGUGUACGAGACUCACGGCGGCGAGGACGUGGCUAUCUUUGCCACGGGGCCCUGGUCCCAUCUCAUCCACUCCGUCCACGAGCAGCACUACAUCACGCACGUCAUGAUGUUCGCCGGCUGCGUCGGGGACUACUUCGACACCUGCCGCGACUCGCCGUACAUCAGCGGAGCUCUGACGGACAAGGACGCGGACGUGCCGGCCAGAUUUCGCGCCAAGUCGCAGGGUCAACCCCCUGUCCCUACCGAAUCGAGCGCUUCACUCCCAUCCCCGCUUUGGCAGACAAUUUUCACUGUUGUACUUCUUUGGAAGUUCACAGUCAAAACUCUCAUUGAAUAA